AUGGCGGCGGGCAGCUCGGGCACCGGCAUGGGCUGGCGGGCUCCCCUGGAAGGCCUUCAGAUCACUGACAGCAUUGUCCCAGGGCUUCCUUGGCCUGUGCCAGGAACGCGGAGCGCAGCAUUCACCAUCCCCUCCCUGAAACAGCGGUCCCCGAGGUGCUCCACAGGCAGGGCCGAGCUGGGCGACGGGGAGCCCAGACCCUGCACGGGUCGCCCUGAGCGGCGGGGACGCAGGAAGAGCUCACCGGCUCCACCAGCCCCUACCCCAGAUGCGGGACCCGGGACCAGAGAGGGCCUGGAGCCCCCGCCCCAUGGCUGCCAGGAGGCGGACACGGGCAGCUCCUGGGGGGCUACCGCCCCGAGGCCGUUACGCCAGAACUUGAGCGAUCUGGGAAGGGGCAGCGCCCCGCCCUUGAAGAGGAACCUGUGUCCUAGAGGCAGCAGCCUGGGAUCUCCUCCUCCGAGGACACCGCAGAGGCGAGUGACUCUGGCGGCGCAGCGCUGGCUUUCCCGUCCGCGGAGGAGGAGAGCUGCGGGGCUGGAUGAGCUGGACCAGGGAGGACGGCUGGCUGCUUUCGGCCUCCGAUGGGGAGUGGACAGCUUAGGGGGUUGUCCCCGUGCCAGCCGGCCUGCUGGCCACUCUGGGCUUCAUCACAGCCUCACCUGCCUGCACAGGCACCUAGCACUGCAGGCUGGAGCUUCUGGCCAUGCUGGUCAACUUCCCCAACGAGCCUCUGCUGCCUGGGAACAGCAAGGCCAGAGCUACACCGCCCUGCACUUGGCAGCCAUGUACCUUGGAGAUGGUGAAGCUGCUAGUGGGGACAUAGGACGCCAAUGUGGACAUCAGGGACUACAUUGGGAAAAGGGCCUCCCAGCAUGUGAGUCAGAGCAUCACAGAAGAGAUUGAGACCCUGAUGGGAGUCCUGGACAAGGACGAUGGGGAGAGCACCGCCAGCAGCGGGGAUGGGUACUGGAAGAUUUAAAAGCUGCCCCCUCCAUCUCACCACCUACAAACUGUCACAUGUCCUGGAAGAUGGGGGGACCCUCUCCACCAUCACCACUUGGCUGAAGAUGGUCCAGAGGUGAAGCCAAGGAUUCCAGGGUGCACAGCCUCAGGCAGGACUAAUGGACUUAAAAAACACAGGCUCAACAAAAUCCACUUCACAACCCAGAUGGUUCACAUCACACCCUCUUUCAGGGACCCAGAGCAGCCACUGGAAGAGGAGGAGUAGGAACGCUCUCUUAAAGUCCACUUAUCCUAUUCCUUCAAAUUAAGCCCAAAGUCCAAUGUAUUUAGGUAAAAAAUAAUUUCUUUUAGAAAAUGCCAAGGUUUGUCUUCUGAAAUUUAAUAACAGAAACAAAAAAACAACACUAGAUGUAAAGAAGUGAGACCAGAAAAGACAAACUAAACUAUCCUUACUAGGUUGGAAUGGAUGGGGUGGAGUUCCCAUCGGGCUAGCAUUCUGGGGAAAGUGUUUUUUUUUUUUUUUUUUUUUUUUUUUUUUGGCGGUGGGGGGAAGGAGUCUCGCUCUGUCGCCCAGGCUGGAAUGCAGUGGCGCCAUCUCCGCUCACUGCAAGCUCCGCCCUACGGGUUUAUGCCAUUCUCCAGCCCCAGCCUCCCAGUAGCUGGGACUACAGGCGUCCGCCACCACAUACGGCUAAUUUUUUUGUAUUAUUUUUAGUAGAGACGGGGUUUCACCGUGUUCUCCAGGAUGGUCUCGAUUCCUGACCUCGUGAUCCGCCCACCUCGGCCUCCCAAAGUGCUGGGAUUACAGGCGUGAGCCACUGCACCGGGCCGGAUUUCUUUUUAAGAGAUUCAUCAUACCUUGACCUGUGCCCCAUUUCCCUCCUCCACCUGUCUGACCUGGCAUUCCUAUUUCGGGAGACCAGAAGUGGGGGGAAGAGAAGGGAUGACUGUUUCUUUGCUUUCACCAUUCCUGCAUGCCAUGCAAAGGAAGGAAUACUGCGUUUUUAAAUAUCUGUUUUAUUAAGUGGUUACUCUUUCAAGGACAAAAAAAAUGCAAAUUGUUACAAAACUGGUAGUAUUUGUAAGUGCAAGUACUACAUGCUGCCUUAUUCUUUUACCAAUUGCAUUUGCAUUUUAAGGUACUACUGGUACAGCCACGGUGGAGAACAGUUUGGAUGUUCCUCUAAACACUGAAAAUAGAGGUGCCACAUGAUCCAGCAAUCCCACUGUUGGAUAUAUACCCCCAAAAUAAGAAAUGAGCAUAUCGAAGAAAUUAUCUGCACUCCCAUGUUGGUUGCACCACUGUUGACAAUACCUAAGAUUUGGAAGCAACCUAAGUGUCCAUCAACAGAUUAAUGUAUUAAAGAAAAUGUGGUAGAUACACACAGUGGAGUAUUAUUCAGCCCUAAAAAGAAUGAGAUUCAGUCAUUUGCAACAACAUGGAAGGAACUGGAUAUCAUUAUGUUAAGGGAAAUAAGCCAAGCAUGGAAAGGCAGACAUUGCAUGUUCUCACUUAUUUGUGGGAUCUAAAAAUCAAAACAAUUGAACCCAUGGACAUAGUAAGUACAAGGGGGCUGGGUGGGGGGAGACAGGGCACGGGUAAUGGGUACAAAAAUAGGGAGAAGGAAUGAAUAAGACAUACUAUUUGAUAGCACAACAGGGGGACUCUAGUCAAUAAUUGUACAUUUAAAAAUAACUAAAAGAAUCUAAUUGGAUUGUAACACAAAGGAUACAUGCUUAAAGGGAUGGAUACCCACUCUCCAUGAUGUGAUUAGUUCAUGCUGCAUGCCUGUAUCAAAACAUCUCAUGCACCCCAUAAAUAUAUGUGCCUAUUAUAUACUCACAAAAAUGCUUGAAAAUAAAAAUAAAGGAACUACUGAAGGUCAGGUCAGAGUGGAAAUGCAAAAAUACUAAUUAGAGAAUAAUGUGAAUACAACAGGAAUCCUGUUGGUAUUCUAUUUAUAUUGUAAGCAGCAGUUCAAUUGUUUUGUAAAAGCGAUUCAAUUUUAAUCACUGAACUAAAGAAAUGGGCAACGCUGACUUCCGUAAUAUAGGUUCUACCUAACCAUCUCUAACACCGCUGUCAAGGAGGACCAGUGUUAAGGUACAUUACUAACAACCACACAAAUUUUUAAAAGAAAAGAACACUCUUAGCAGCCUAUGGUACUUUGAAAUGAAAUAUUGCCUCUCAUUCUCAUUUGUGUUGCCAUUCUAAAAGUUUGAAUUUGCUGAGGUUUAUAUUCUGGGUAUUAUAUAACCAUUGGUUCUGUUUUUCAUAACCCUAUUAAAUGGUUGCUCAGAGCUGAAUUACCUACAGAAACUUUCUGGUUUAAUUAGCAUAAAUUGGUAUAAAUAUUAGUGAGCCCAUACUUCUGUGAUAUAAUUAAACCAACUUAAUGAUUCUCACAUAAGGUGUCAAUUUAUUUUACUAAUGCAUUCAUAAUCUAUGCUUUGUAGCAACAUUUUUCAAAUGUUUAAAAUGCUAAAUCUUCUCAAUUUUCCAAUCUUUUCUUGAAUCUAUUAGAUACCUAUAGUGUAUUUACUGAAUAGCUGGGAAACAAAUACACCUAGUUAGAAAUGGCACUGCUUUAUAAAAGGCACUAGAGAAAAGACGAGACUAUUUCUAUAUUUAAAUGCUGCUGGCAAGUGAAUUCCUUUGUAAAUAAAUGAAAGAUACCAUUCAUUAAAAUGAAA